AUGGUACCUAACACCUGGGAUUCUAUCAGUGCCUUUGAGGUCCCAGAACACUUUAGUCGGUUCCCAGCAGGCAUUGCUCACAAUGCCGCUGAGGUUGUCGAUGCCCUUAAUAAAGUGAUUGACGCAUCUUGCGAGCCGGGUUCUAAAGAAGGCAAAAAGGCCAGGACCCGCCAUCUCACUGCCGAUAAUGAGCCUUUUGCCAUCUGUCACUGCACCGCAUUCCCGGACAGACUAGUUGUUCUUUCCUCCAUUAUCGAGUUGGCUUGGAUCAACGACGAUGUCACCGAAGAACUGGAGCAUAAAGAAGCCUGCAUAAAGCAUGAUAUCCUGAUCGAUGCUAUGGAUCCCGAGAAGCUCACGAAUGCACCGGCUGGAACGUUCAACUCCCGGGAAACGCUAUUCGGCUUGCACGUACAGAAGGCAUGCUCCAUGGACCCUGACGCCGCAACAUCACUGGUGGAGGUGCUCGCGGACUACUUGAGAACCUUCGAUAGCAGUGAUGAGGACUUCGUCUCCAUGGAGAAAUACAACCCUUACCGCGUGGCAAACAGCGGAUAUUGGAUCUCCUCGUAUUUCAUUCGCUGGGGUAUGGGACUGGUUCUCACCGAUGCGGAAUAUGAAUUAGUCCGCGACUUCGACUUCAGUAUGGGCGUCAUUCUGGGCCUGACCAAUGACUACUACAGCUGGAAUGUGGAGAAGGAUCAGAAGACCGAUCGAGUGCGGAACGCGGUGAAGGUGCUGAUGAACGAAUAUAAUGUUUCGGACACCGUUGCAAAGCCUUUACUGAGAGGGCUUAUUGUCGAUGAAGAGGAGAAGGCCUGCCGAUUGAAGCAGCAAUUGCUGAAAACCCCCGACACCCUAUCUCCCGCGGUUUUGGAGUAUAUUGAAGCCAUUGAGUUAUACGUAGGAGGAAGUGGCUAUUGGCAUGCAACUGCUCCACGUUAUAAGGUUCAGCAAUAG